UUGAUUACCAUUGAAAACUGUCAAAAAAUGGUGGAUUUGUGCUGUCACAUUGGCGUUGCGGUGUGAUUUUUAUAAAUUUCGUUUAUAAAUUCCAGUCAUGUUAUAGCUUUGUUUGCAAGAUAUACAUAGCAAUAAUGGAGGAAGAAGAUCCAGUAGUACAGGAGAUACCUGUGUUCCUAUCGCAGGCAUUAUCUCAGAACCUGUAUAUAUACCAAUAUCCAGUGAGACCUGCAAAUAGGGACUGGAAAGACGUUAAAGUUGUGAAUGCGUCUGUGAAACCUAGGAACAAGAUGGUGAAGCUAGAAGUUGGCUUGGACACGUACAGUGACAAGUACUGUUCGUCUAAAGGCGAACAGAUCGCUCUCAAUACAGAUGGCCAACAGGAAUCAUCAUGGCACAUUAAAGAGAAGGACAAGUCACAGUACUUUAGACAUGGCAUUAUGGAUAAGAUUGUCUAUGAGAGCAGUGUGCCGUGCACAGAGACGCAGCACUAUGCUGUGGCCAUACUGCAGGAUAAGGAGCUACAUUGUACACCUAUACAAGGGAUAAUUCAAAUGAGGCCUGCCUAUUCCUAUUUUGAUAAGCAAGACAAGCGCAAGAAUGACAAGAGUAAAGCAGAGUCUGAUGAUGAAGACAAAGAGCCUGAAGCACAGCAGGUUACAGUGAAAUUCGCGCGUCAAGAAACCGAGGUAUCCAAGAAGGCGCGAGAGAAAUCUUUUGAAACAAUAUCGCAGCGAAUUAACGAUGAGCCGUGGUAUGACGCGCUCUGGAAAUCAUCAGAAACAGAUCAUGCUGAGCUGGAGCGCUUAAAGUUAUUCAGUGCUACAUCAUCGGAUGGGUCGGCGCUAACAGUCAGGGCGCGGGAGUACGUGCGAGCGUUAGUACCCGCGCCGCCGGAGGAUGAGGCCGACAUAGCACCCACCAAGCUGCCCUCACCACAGGAACAGUUGAAGGAAAUACUUAUUAGAGCAAAACUGAUGACAUUCAAGGACCUGUCGGAGCGUAUCCGCACGGAGUCGGGUCCGCUGAGCGAGGCGGCGCUGCUGUCGGCGCUGAGCGGCGCGGCGUGCUGCGUGCGCGGGCUGUGGGCGCCGCGCUCGCCCGACCUCUACACCCGCGCCGCGCCCGUGCCCGCCAGGCUUAUGUGUGCUGCUAGAGAUCAUGUGCUGUACCUCUUCACACAACACUCGUACAUUGAUCGGCGGAAGGUAGCUGCAGCAGUUCGCCUCCCUCCCACUGAGGUGUUAGAGAUCAUUCGAUCCGUCGCCAAAUUCAACCCCAAGACUGGCUGGGAGCUCAUCAUACCACCCGACGUCGGCUUCGAAACGAAAUACCCCGAAGUUGUUCAGCGACAAAACUUGUACUGGGAGGCUAGACAAAGAUUAUUCAACGAAAUGUUGAUAGGAGAAAAUCUGCCAAAGAGGCAGCGGAAGAAAUCUCAACGAGAUUCAGUGUCUUCAGACACCAUGAUGAGCCCGAAACCUCGGUGCAACAGUGUUACGGAAGAAGACAGUGAUCGAAAGAGACACAAAAAUAAAUCCGCUACCGGUAGCGGGAAAAGGACUAGGAAUAUAAGUUCAAGCAGUGGUCAGGACGCCACGUGAUUCUCGCCCUAGCUAGGUUAUCAAAUUGUAGAGUAUACCCACCAGUGCUUAGUGAACAUAAGUGAACUGUGACAUGUCAAUCAUCAUUAUUAACGUUUUGGUGCUGCUAAUCAAUGUGCGUAAAUGGAUUUUAACAUAUUAUCAUCAAUGUGCGUAAAUGGAUUUUAACAUAUUAUCAUCAAUGGACUUCCAAACAUUUUAAGUUAUCAUGGAAAAUAUUAAUUCACGACCCGAAACUGUUGUUUUAUAUUUAAAGUCAAGUUAUUUCACUGAUCUUACGCAUUAUGUUGCUUGCACUCGUUAAAAUAAUGUUUGUUUGUAUAGUAGUUGUUGACUAGCAAAUCUUAUGAAAUAUUGCAUUUAGCAUUAAUUGUGUAAAUCUUGAGUUCCCAGUGUUUUGUGUUAUUGGUUCAUAGUUCACGCGGUAUUUUUAUGACAAUUAUCAGUGAUUAAACUGUAGACUGUAUAAAUUAUUAUUGUUUUGUUGUUAAUGGUAUAUCUAGGAGAAAACUUCUUAUAAAAUAUUGUAUGGACUUUUUCUCUCCUAGAUAUUAGAUUGACAUAUAUUUAGAUGGCUUGUAAUAUUGUAAUCAAGUAACAAAGUUACGAAUAUGUUAUGAAGUUUCAGCUAGACCUAAAUUCAUAGAUUUUUACAAUUUGCAUUACUACAAUUGUUAAAUUUUAUAUCGAAAUAUCUGUAUUCUAUUAAAUAAUUAUGUUAUUAACGCUUACAUUUAUUGUAAGUUUUGCUGCAUGGCAGUAACAAAGUUAUUUAUUGAUAUGUAAUAAACAACUAGCUUGUUCAAUAUGACGGUAGUUGUUCUGUUCAUAUUAGGAAUCCACAUCAUAGUCCUAAAUAGAUAUCAAAUGUAUGCAAAAAUGUGCCUAAUUAGCUUUUAUCGGAUCUAAGAUAAUAAUAUAAUGUUAUAUUAUAAUUUAUAUAUAAAAUAUGGCAUAAUUGAUAAACCGCUAGUAACUAACCCAUUACAAACACUGCCGAACUAUAUACUACAAUAUUAGAAGUCAAAUAGCCCGUAACAAUAAGAAAAUCAUGCAAGCAAAUAAUAGUCUGAAAAUAAGUACAUUGCCUUUAACUGAAGCAAGCAAUCACAUGAUCAUUUAGGUAUAUCGUUUUAUACAUUUAUAUUUGAAGAGAAGCAAUUAAUAUAAACAAGUAAUAAUAUAGCAUAUAUUAUGUAGCUGAUCUGAAACUAAGUAAAGUAAUAUAAAAACUAUCGUAAAUGGGCCAUAUUUCUACAUCAUGUCAUCGAAAUGUAUGAGAUCAUUAUGUGUAUUCAUAUAUUGUGUUAGCCAAGCAAUAUGUCGAGACUACGCUAGGCAAGCUUAUACUAAAGGUAAAAUAUGAAAUACUAUACACCAUAUAGCCCUAGAUAACAGUAUCUUCCAUAGAUAAUCCUAAAAAAGUGCGUUUAUUGUAACUCCAAAGUGAAUGAAAACCGUUUAUAAGUCCUUUCAUAAAAAUAAGCUGCUAACUAUAAUUACUCCAUUUGAGUAUGUACUUCUAAAGAUAAACAUCUUGAUAUGACUUUUUCCACAAAUACAUGUUACAUAGAUAAACUACUGCCUGAAAUACUGUUUUAAUUAAGUUUUUGUUAUUUAUUUUAUUUUAAAACCGAGUUUUUAAAUUGAAAUAGCAAGAUUGUUUUAUAUUUGGGUAAGUGCUUACUCAAAUGGAGUAUAGGAGAAAGUAAUAUAUAGUAACUGUAUAUAAAUAUUAUUUGUACAUAAAGCGAUUGUAUGCUACCAUAAUGUAAAAUUGUGUAUGAGCAAUUUGUGAUUUUAUCGAUAAGUUGUUAAUUUUUGUAAACGAAAUAAAGAACGUUUAUUAUU